ACAGGAGAUGGAGUAAACGAUGCUCCUGCGCUGAAGAAAGCGGAGAUCGGCAUCGCCAUGGGUUCUGGUACAGCCGUGGCCAAGUCGGCCUCUGAAAUGGUUCUGUCUGACGACAACUUCUCCACCAUUGUGGCCGCGGUGGAGGAGGGCCGAGCCAUCUACAACAACAUGAAGCAGUUCAUCCGAUACCUCAUCUCCUCCAACGUGGGGGAAGUUGUCUGCAUCUUUCUGACGGCCAUCUUGGGCCUUCCUGAGGCCUUGAUUCCAGUUCAGCUGCUGUGGGUUAACCUGGUCACAGAUGGUCUUCCUGCCACCGCUUUGGGUUUCAACCCCCCAGACCUGGACAUCAUGGACAAGCCCCCGCGUAACCCGAAGGAGCCGCUCAUCUCUGGCUGGCUCUUCUUUAGAUACCUGACUAUCGGAGGUAAUCCUCAUUCUGAGAUAGGAUCAUCACUAUCAAAGUAUUAUCAACCCUUAGCAAAAAGACGAUUUUUUUUUCCUGAAUUACUUAUUGCUUGAUAAGAAAUAUCCUAA